AUGACGUUCAUGUGGCGCCGAAUGUUCUUCAUGGACGUGGGCUUUAGACAUGGCGACAGAUACAACUUGUCGCUCUAUGGAGAAGGAUACUACGCGCUUGGAUACAUGUAAGUCUCAAUAUUUUGUUUUUAUUGGUCUUAGGAACGAUCCGAAAAGUCUUGAUGGAAUUCCGAUAAUUUUUGUACCCGGAAAUUCAGGAAGUGAGAAGCAAGCACGAUCGUUGGGUUCAAUAUUGCAAAAUAAGACGGAGAGUAGACGACCUGGCUUUAAAUUUAAUGUGUUCACCGUGGAUUUUAAAGAGGUUAGUUUUUAGAAGAUGUUGAUGUUGAAGUUUAGAAUAAAAUUUGAAGUUUGCUGUCUUCAUCCUUGUCUCUAGACCUUCAUGCUUGUAAUUCCAGGAGUUCUCAGCGUUUAGUUCGGUGGUUAUCAAUCGGCAAAUUGAUUAUCUUGUUCAUGCAAUCAAGCAUGUUCAUGGUUUAUAUAAGGACGGGCGAAAGAUUGUGUUGUACGGGCAUUCGAUAGGUGGAAUUAUUGCUCAAGGGGCUUUGGCUCAUCAAGGGAUUGAAGAGAAGGUCGCAAUGGUUAUAGGACUUUCUACACCUUUCAAGGAGUCUCGUGAGUGAUGAAAGCAUUGGUCGUGCAUGUUGUUUAUGGCUCUUUUCUUUCCAGCUAUCCUAAUCGACUGGGCGAUUCAAGAGAUUUGGAAUAAUAUGUACAAGUUGUCCAAAAUCCCAACAAUUUCCAUUGACGCGGGCUUAGCUGACCUUCAAAUUGCCCCAGAAUGGACGGAUGCGCCUUUUGUUCACCAUGUUUCGACGAAUCAGAUCGAUGGAGUAAAUUUGGAGUGUGAUCAUCAAUGUAUUGUAUGGUGCAACGAGUUAGUGAGGUAAGAAUCUUUCCUUUGUUGUUAUUGCUUUAGGCAGAACACUCGCUUUCUCUUCGACUACGCAAAAUCGGAGAACUUCACCGCCGACUUUGAAGCGAUUUAUCACCAGCAUUUCGGACCAAAGUCGAGCGAUAUUGUGUAUCACGCCGCAGAUGAGAUCGAUCUUUUGCCAAAAACAGCUUAUCAAAUUGGAUUUGAAAGUACAACAUCGCACAGUUUGAAAGUUGUGCUCAACUUCUAUCAUAAGGUGUUGGUUUAUGAUGUGUUGAUCAAAUCAAAUGAAUCCCUGGUCAGUGUGGAAUUCCAUACGAAGAAUUCGUGGAAGAAAGCCAUCAAAGAAAAGAAUGGACACACAUUAAGAGCGUCUCUUUUCAACUUUCAAGUUGAUGAAAAUGCAAGAAUUUUGAUUGCGCUUGAUAAAAAAACGAAGCUGAAAAUAUUGUACAAGAUCAACUGGAAGUAUAGCUUGUUGAAGGUAAGAUUUCGUCAGUUAUUGCUUUAUUCUUUAGUUUUGCCAAAAGUUCCGAUCAAUUUUGCUCCCCUUGGUAGUCCUCAUCUCCGUCAGUUCAGCUGCUUGGAAUUAUCUAAAGUUUUGGGGAGUUCUCAUCGCCGCGAUUGGAAUUUCGAUAUCAAUGUGAGUUGAAUUUGAAGUUUAUUUAUUUUUUAGAGCGCCGAAAUACUUUGACGUCGAUGAAUUUGAAGUUGCGGCCUUGAUUGGACUUUCUCUAUUUGCUGCUGUCAUCCUUUCGAUCUUGAUCAUUCCGGCCAAAUUUCUUGUCUCCCUGAUUCCAGACCGAUUGUCACAGAUGUCGUGUUAUUAUCUGGACAUUGUUUUGACGAUCAUCAACCCGUUCAUCGGUCUUAUCUUCUCCUUGUUGAGGCAGCUAUCGAACAUUCCAAAGGAAUCUCUUGAAGCAGCGAUUUUCCUGACGGUUGGAAUUGUUGUUUGUAGUCUGGAGCAACUUGUCUCGUUCAAAUUCUUUGGAAUAUUCCGAGUUGAGGAAGAGCCCUUGAGUACAGUAGUUUUGUUUUUAUUCGUGUCAUUUUCGACCGUUUUUAGAACGAAUUCGCUUUUUUCAAAAGCAUUUGCGGCAUUUUUUAUUGCGAUUAGCGCAUUUUUGUUUACAUCCUCGCCGAAUGUGACAGUACUGAAUACGUUUUUCAUGUCUUUGUUUAUAUUGUUUAGGAAGUAGACACUUUAGGUCCUUUAUACCUAAUAUCAGAUAAAAAAUUUAAAACCUUAACGUAUUUUCCUGAUUAUCUCACUUAAUGCAAUUUGAAAUGUGAUCUUAUAAUUUCCCGGUACGCGUAUUUUGAAAUGACACUCCGUUAUAGUAGUCUUGGUCCAAAUUAAUAUUGUUUUUUCUUGUUUUUAAUAAAGAAUUGUUUAAAAAUUUGGGUUUAAGUCCUUUCGGGGUUGAUUUCCGAUGUUAUUUAUGGUAUUAAAUUUAUUUUUAGGGCCUAUGAUGACUUAUAUCCAUUUAGUUUUAGGAUUUGGAAGCUAACUCAAGGCUAAAGAACCAAGGAAGUAUGGUGGUAAGUUUAGUAUCUUUUGUUCUUUUUAUUCGGCUUUUAGUUGCCACUGUCGCUCCUGAAAACGGCCCAAAACCAGCCAAUGCUGAUUGAAUUGAAGAAUGGUGAAACUUACAAUGGAAUUCUCAUAGCAUGCGAUUCAUGGAUGAAUGUGCAUCUCAAGGACGCAAUUUGCACAUCCAAGGACGGCGACCGAUUCUUGAAGAUCCCGGAAGUCUAUGUUAGAGGUGCUACCAUCAAAUAUCUGCGGAUCCCAGAGACGGUAAGCCAUCCAAAAUUUUUUUAAGAACUUUUUUUGUCGUCUGAUAUUGUUGUGGAAAUAGUUGAUGAUUUGAAAUUUUAGGUGGUGGAUCUGGUCAAAGACGAAGUCAAAGAAGUUCGCCGCCAGCAACGCGACAACCGCAACGCCAAGAAGAACAUUAACCGAUACAACAAUCCUCGACAAGGCGGCCCGAACAAUCAGCAAAGACCCGGAGGACCCAAUCAAGGACAAAAUCGGAACCAACGACCUCAACAAAAUCGGAAAUAA